ACGAGUCUAAUUUCAGUGAUCUUAUGAUCUCAAUAAUGUUUACGGCGUAGUUACAUUCGUGUGUAUAUUAAGGAUGACGAUGUUUGGUUGCCAAUUUGAUGAAUGUCACCUGUUCCUCUGUUUUUUGCCAAAAUUUCUCUGCUCGACAACUUGUGUAGAUCCAUUGAGGCAUGCUUGCAGUGCCUUUUACUUGCAUCUCUGCUAGUUCCAUGUAUCCCAUCUCUAUAGCAGCCGGAGUAGGGUGGCUUGUAAAAGAAUUUCUUGUGGCCGGCACCUGAUCUGCAGAACGCGUAUCAUUGCUUUGUAACCUUUUGAAAGAUGCAAUGGGGGCUUCCAAUGGCCCAAGGCUUUCAGGGAUGCAAAGGCAAGUUCUUAGUCUGUAUAGGGAAUUUUUGAGAGCUGCACGUUCCAAAUCUGCUGAAGAUAGGCAACACAUUGAAUCAAUUGUAUCAGCUGAGUUCCGCCGCAAUUCCAAACAAGUGGAUCGAAAAAAUUUUCUCUACAUUGAGUACUUACUACGCCGAGGUAAGAAACAGCUGGAUCAGCUUAAAAGCCCUGAUACUAUCAGAUUGUCAUCAUUGAAUGUCGGUUUGUCUCAACCUAAAGAUCCUAACCAAGGAACCUAGUGAACAUUUUUUAUUAAUUUCUAAAUUGAAUUUUAUCUGAUCCAUUUUCUGAAGAAGUCAUUGAAGGAUAUGGGAUCAUUCAUCUGUUUUUCUGGUACUAGAGUUAAAUUGAUAUUGGAACCUCUAAAUCUUGCAAUUUGUCAGUUGAUUGUCCUCUUCAAAGGAUAAUGAAUGCUAGAAUACUGGUUGAGGCAAUGACCUCUAGAGUGUAUUGAUAUUGGAAAACACAGAACUGUUCAUCUGUAUUUCUUGAUUAAAAUUAAGUCUGAUCUUGGAACAGUAAAAUUAAGAGUAGAAGAGAACGGAUUAUAAUGCUCCUAUCUCAACCUAAGAAGUGGAGCUAGAGUUGAGAGUGGAUAAAACUUGAUGGAAACCAUCGAACCACUGAAACAAACAGACAGUUCUGGGCUGAUCCUUUUGUAUAUGCUGAUUAUCAGUUAUAUGAUGGAAUGAAUUAGUUGCAUAAA